UAAAUUUAGUUCUUGAACGUUACACGGAGACGGAGCACACAGCCGCAGCCGGCCGACGUUCACAGGUAGCACUACCAUGCCGUCCGAGCGCGGUGUUGCCUUUCUUUCAUCACGGCUCGUAGUUGACGUCGGCUGUGGUCUAAGCUUUUAUUUAAGGCGACAUCUUAUGGUCAAUUUCGAAACUAUAAUUUACUAGUGUUAUAUAGGAACUUUCGCCAUGUUGGCGAAACCGAUGUUGAAUGUCAGUUCAAUUUGAAUGUUGGGUAGCUACAAGAAAAACUUGCACAAUAGCCCAAUUUUUAGUAAUUAUACUGUCGAUUGUACUUGUACAACUUCAAAUUCUAUUAGGGGUGAGACAAUUUUUUUAUUUGUUGCUGAGAAUAUACGUUUUAAUUGGACAUCUUCAGGCAAAAAAUGGAUAAGGCUGGAAAUAGGAAAACCAAACACUGUGUGCAGUCUGAACAACAUCCACAGCAGACUACAUUGACACUGUGCUCGUUUAUGGAGAACCGGAACUUCGUGGAUGUAGCCAUUCGCUGCGGAGAUUACGUUUUAUACGCUCAUAAAGUGGUUCUGGCUGCCAACAGCGCCUUCUUUAAGGAAGAACUCUGGAAGGAUUCAUCUGUCCAGCAAGUGGUGAUCACAGGAUGUGAUGCGUCUGUGGUGAGAUCCUUACUGGAGUUCAUAUACUGCGGAAAAACUAUUCUAUCUUAUGAACAUCUCAGAUACUUAGUUGCAGCAGCCAGGACAUUACAAAUUAAACCAUUGGAUAGUAUGACAUUUGACUUCCCCUUACAUGACGACAUGAUAGUGAUUCCCAAGCCACAGUUUCUCUCCAAAAAGCUCAAAUUCUGUGGUUACCCGUCCAAGCGAGCUUCGGCCAUCAACUCCUUCAGCGAUCUAUACAAACUCCACAAAGGCAAGAAAAGGUCCCGCAUAGGAGCUGAAGGCCAGGUAUGUGUUGAGAAAACCGAGGAUAGUAGAUUGGCUACUGCUAAAAAAGAGAUCGCAUCUGCUUCACAGGCUAAUACUUCCAUCAUGGAAAAAGCUUGCACGGAGAGCUCAGUUAAGAAGUUCCCGCAUCCUACAGCAGGAUUUGGUGCAGGUCAAGCGUUUUUGCCCACUGACCCAAUAGGGUCGAACAAUGUCAUUGAUUUAACCAUGCCAAGUAGCUCUGAAGAACGUACUCCUUAUCUAUUCGGAAAUGAAGCCAACUCUAUUGUGGAGAUAAUGUUCAAGACCAGUGAUGGAAGCUUGGUCCCUGUUACUGAUGAAUUGCUCCAGAAUCUUCAGAAGGAUGGUCUGCAAUUGUAUGUGCUACGCCACUGGCAAAAUGGGUUUCGACCAUCUCCCGCAGGAGCGCGCCACCAUCCAGCGCGCAGCCUACCACUGCCGACCGGAAGACCGUUGAAUUUUGAACGGUCCAAUGGGAUGCCUUCCUCUCGGAGCGACCAGGAGAGAGGCCGGAAGAAGCUACCAUUUUGACCAUAACCAGAAAAUCUGUUCGGUAUAGACAAUUUUUCAAUUACGACAGUUUCUCAUGAAAUGUACAUACAAUACAUUGAACAAAACAUAAAUGUAAUCAAUAAAAAUACAGUCCACUAUACACAACAGCAAUAUCAAGUGAUGGACGAAGAUGGAAAAUUAGGCGAGGUUCAUGAAUUGCAACUGACUAAGGAUAUGACCAAUGCGGCUGCUGGAAAUAUACCACUUUUACUGGAAACGUUAGAUCUAUUCGGCAAUGCUCAAACAGACUCGGCAGACAUCACUAAUGAACCAUGUAAAGCAGAGGAUAACGCUGGUGCUCUGAUCGAUCCGAACAACGUAGGGAUACCUUCACUGGACACUGAAGAGUUGAAUGAGAUAUAUUCAAUCGAAAACGUGCCUUUGAAUGCUCACACUGAGAAGCAGCCAGAUCAUUCCGAGGUUGAAAUGCAGAUGAUGGAUGAUAAAGGAAGCAUUCAUGCUACCGCGAGAACUGAUCAGAAAGAAGAUCCAAGUUUGAACUUUUUUCCUGAUAUGUUUGAUCUAUUCGGCAAUGCUCAAACAGACUCGGCAGACAUCUUUAAUGAACCAUGUAAAGCAGAGGAUAACGCUGGUGCUUUGAUCGAUCAGAACAACGUAGCGAUACCUUCACUGGACACUGAAGAGUUGAAUGAGAGCUAUUCAAUCGAAAACUUGCUUUUGAAUGCAUACGCUGAGAUGCAGUCAGAUCAUUCCGAGGUUGAAAUGCAGAUGAUGGAUGUUAAAGGAAGCAUUCCUGCUACCGCGAGUACUGAUCAGAAAGAAGAUCCAAGUUUGGACUUUUCUCCUGAUAUGUUUGAUCUAUUCGGCGAUGCUCAAAAAGAAUCUGUAGAUAUCACCACUGAACCAUGUAAACUAGUGGAUAACGCUGGUGCUUUGAUCGAUCCGGAAAACGUGCUUUUGAAUGCUUUCGCUGAGAAGCAGCCAGAUCAUUCCAAGGUUGAAAUGCAGAUGACGGAUGAUAAAGGAAGCACUCCUGCUACCGCGAGUACUGAUCAGAAGGAAGAUACUGGUUUGGACUUUUCUCCUGAUAUGUUUUUUGCUGACUGGUAACAAGAGGAUUUGUUUGGAAGAGGAUACCUCGAAGCAGUGACAUGUUGUUUGAUUUUCAGUUUUUCAGUUAAAUUGUAUUCAGAAUAAUUAUUUGUUUCAAUAAAAACAAUUUCAUGAUUA